GGUGAAGAUGACCUCCAUCUUUAAAAAACCUCUCACCCACUGCAUUCCACUGUGGAGGCCUUGGACAGCUCCUUCAGUGGCAGACUGAGACAUCCAAGAUGUAAAACAGAACGCUACCAUAGGUCGUUCAUCCCCUCUGCAGUAAACGUGUAUAAUGGCUCUGUUACACAAUGACAUCAACGCAAUAUUCAGAAUGCGUUCAAUACUUGUGCACUGAUGUACAUUAUUAUGUCAGAGUCCUUUAUGAUGCAUAUUUCUGGAAACCCAAGUUUUUAUUUUAUUUGUUUAUUUUAGUGGUUGAAGGUAACAAUAAUAGCUUAUUUUUCUGCAUCUUUUUCUCUAAGUGUAUGUUCUGUUGUAAGGAGUGAUUUUCCCCACUGUGGGAAUAAUAGUCUAUUCUAUUCUAUUCAAGCGGCUCUGACUGUGCUGCGGGUGGAGAAAAGGCUUUGAACAUCUUUGUUAAAUAAUAUCUAUGUUUGUUAUCCAAUUCCAUUAUUUGGUUCUUUUCUGAACACAGAUAUGUUUUUCAGAAAUCUCAGAGAUUUGGACUAAUAAAUACCAGGAAAUUUUAUAGGUACGUAUUGUACCCUAGAGAAAAAGUCCCAGUAUGAUGAAAGGUUAAAAUUAGAAUUGGUGUCAGAUGAUGAUGAUCAGAUUAUCAGAUCCUGGCAGCCAUUGUUUCUUCUUACUCACUCAAACCCACCCUGCAUACUCAUCAUUGCGCAAUGUGCACUUCGAGUUAACUCAAUUGGCCCUAAAACACCAGCUUAAACUGGUUCUUCCAAAAUGAUUACUUAUGGUGCUUUCUCAUCUGGGCCAGCAUGGACCAGACUGGGUAGCUUUUAAAGUGUCCAUAUCUGGGUAGUCUUGUAAUUUUCUGCACUAAACCAGUCGGUUUUUCGGCCCACAUACCAAGGAGGUCUGUUUGGGCUGAACAGGUCCGACACACCCAUUACCAGCUGAUUGGCCGGUUCAAAAACACGUCUACCUUUAGUGGGAGCCUUCGAUUAGCGGAUUGAAUCAAGCAGCGGGACCUUCUUGCAUGCAUAAUUCAUUAUCAUGGAUACUGUUUAGUCAAUGUCGCCUCUGACUGAAGCAGCGUCGCUCAUCACUGCUGUGAGGAGCACACAUACAGAGAACAGGGUGUCCGCGGGGUUUUAAAAAGUAUUAAAAAGUGAUAAAUAAAAAUAGUCAAAUUUAAGGCCAUUAAAAGUGUUAAAUUUGGUCUCAGAGGUAUUAUUUUUUCCAAGUUAGGUAUUAUUUUUUUCAGACUAUCAGGUGUCGUAUUCUGAACAUCGACAUAGAAAUAUAUUCCGAAUGAAAUGUUUUGAACGAUUAUAAAAUAAAACAAGCCGAUUAUUUGCUCCUCCCACUUGAGCUGCCCUGAGUUACAAAUGAAGUGCUCCGUUGCCAACUUAGCGACUUUGAUGCUAUUUCUAGCAGCUUCUCAGACCCCCUUCUUGACUUUUUAAAUCUUAAAAGUACCUAGCGAACACCUCAGAAACAUCUCUGGUAACCCUUAGCUACUUUCUGGAUAACUGUCGUCGACAUUUCCUGCAGGUUAGCUAAACACUCCGCCUGCGCUCCGGACCGUUCUUCAGGACAUCAGGAAAGGGAAUGAUGAAGUGAUGUGUCGGUCGCUAAAGAAACGGCUCUCAAAGUCGGCUCCAUGUUGGAGUAACCAGACUUUUCAACAGGUGGUGCUGGUUAAAGAAGAAGCCCUAGAAGAACAUAGCACUGGUGUCAACCAGCAGGACUUAGAUUUUCUCCACAUAAAGGAGGAACAGGAGAAACUGUGGCCCAGUAUGGAAGGGGCACAUCUCCAUAUGAAGGAGGAGACUGAUGCUGCCAGGUUUCCAGUCACUGUUGCUUAUAUAAAGAGUGAGGAUGAUGAAGAGAAGCCUCUGUUCUCACAGCUUCAUCAGAAGCAAAUAGAAGACAGAGAUGUUUCAACCAGCGGCUCAGCUGACCAGACGACAGCAGAAACCUGUGUACAAACUAACCGGAACCCAGAUCUGAACCCUCAUGAACUGACUCCUGAUUCUUCAGAGACUGACGUUGGAGAUGAUGAUGAUGAUGAUGAUGCAACUCUAGACUCUGAGCUGUCAGACUCUGGGUCUGAAACUGGAGACCGAGACAAUGACUGGAAUGAGAACAGGUGUUCUGAGUCAGAUUUUAGGACUGUCAACAAAUCCUUUAGUCAUAGGACACUUUUAAACAGUCACAUGAGAGUCCACACAGGACAGAACGCUUUUGCUUGUGAGCUCUGUGGAAAGAAAUUUAGCUUAAAGUCAACUUUAAACACACACAUGCGAGUCCACACAGGAGAGAAGCCCUUUUCUUGUGACAUCUGUGAAAAGAAAUUUAGCUUAAAGUCAACUUUAAACAGACAUAUGAGAGUACACACAGGACAGAAGCCCUUUGCUUGUGAGCUCUGUGGGAAUAGAUUUAGUGAAAAGGGACAUUUAAACACACACAUGAUAGUCCACACAGGAGGGAAGCCCUUUGCCUGUGAGCUCUGUGGACAAAGAUUUAGCCUGAAGGGAAAUUUAAACUCACACAUGAGAGUCCACACAGGAGAGAAGCCCUUUGCUUGUGAUCUAUGUGGACAAAGAUUUAGCAUAAAGGGAAGUUUAAACACACACAUGAGAGUCCACACAGGAGAGAAGCCCUUUGUUUGUGAUCUAUGUGGAAAAACAUUUAGCAUAAAAUCACAUUUAAACAGACACAUGAGAGUCCACACAGGACAGAAGCCUUUCACCUGUGAGUUCUGUAGCAAAAGAUUUAGCCAAAAGUCAAAUUUAAACACACACAUGAGAGUCCAUACAGGAGAGAAGCCUUUUGCUUGUGAGCUCUGUGGGAAUAGAUUUAAUGAAAAGGGACAUUUAAACAGACACAUGAGUGUCCACACAGGAUAGAAGCCUUUUGCUUGUGAUCUCUGUGGAAAAAGAUUUAGCGAAAAGACAAAUUUAAACAGACAAAUGGGAGUCCACAAAUGACAGAAGCCUUUUGCGUGUGAGCUCUGUGGACGAAGAUUUAGCCGAUAGAAAACUUUAAACAAUCAUCUAAGCAACCAGGGCUGAAUGGUCUAUUGCAGGGGUCUCCAACCUUUUUUGGCCCGUGAGCUACUUGUACACAAUGAAAGUACAGCAGAGUUACUGUCAUUUGAUUUAUUUACAUUGAUACUUUCCAUGUGUGAAUGUGCUUAUGUUAAACAUGCUAUACUUACCAAAUUAACAUGUACUGUAUUCAAAAGUUGAUUUCUCUGUAUUUCAGUACAGCAGUAUUUUUUUUGUUUAAGUAAACUAGUGAAAUUCUGAAAACCAAAUUAAACAAAACAUGUUUAGUUUUUUAAACUAAUCAAAUACUUCCAGAUAAUGAAUAAUAAAUCUACUUCAUGUGAAUGAUUUGGUAAUUUUUUUAGAGGUUGUUAACAUAAGUUUUUGAGCACAAAGGAACAGCUAACCUGUAAAGCUGAUGCUAUUUUAAAUAAAAUACAAGCUAAAUGUGAUGAAAACGCAAGUCUAAAUAGUUUGAAUUGAAAUAAAAAAUGUAAAAUCAGAAAUAAGAUUUUUUUUCCUGCUCUCCUGAUUCACUGAAUAAUUUAUACAGGGUUUUUUUUUUUUUUUUUUUUUUUUUUUUUUUUUGGUCAUGAAAGUUAACUUUUGCUGCGUUUAUUGCUGACAAUAUGAAGGUUGGAGGUUUAUCCUUUUUUCUGCAUCUUGUAGGGUUUUUUUCUCCACAGGUCUUAAAACUAAUUAAAACCUAAACUUUUUCAUGAUGCCUUCCAUUAACCUAUCCUUGCAUUUGUGCUCUACUAGGUCUUUAAUCUGUACUGUGUUAAAUUUAUUCUACAUGUAUUUUAUAUGUAUACCUAUUCUGUGCUGUUUUAUCUUUAUUUUAUAUUUUAAAGUAAAUAAUUGUACUUUAUAUGCUUUUAUUUUUGUGUGCAAUGUUCUGUGUCAAUAUUCUUUCAUUUUAUUUUACACAACAUGAUGUGACAUUUUAACUAUUUAAUUUCACUUGUGAUUCUUAACUAUGUGAAGCACAUUGGGCUACAGUUUUGUGUAUGAAAUGGGAUAUAUAAUAAACUUGACUUUAGAGAGAGUUCACAAUCAUGUUUUGUUACUAAAUGAGACACUCAGCUGGAAUUGGGGGAAAUGUAUGAUGAAUCUAAAUCACAGGAGAUGUCCAGAGUUUUUAAAGCCCGUGUUCAUCAUGUUGCGUGGAACCACAAAGAGGCUACACUCAAACCCAGUUCUUGGGACCACAGACACAUAUAUUUACUUGGGACUGUUUGUAUGUAAAUAUUGUUGACUGCUUGAUCAGAACCAGAAACGUAUGUGUACAGACCAUCUGGGUGUUCAAGGAGCCGUAUGUGGAGGGCCACACAGAGGCUACGCUCACACCCAGUUCUUUGCACUGUUUGUAUGUAGAUGUAGCAGGACUGGUUGGCGUCUCAACCAGUUGAUCGCCCAGCCAUCACACAUUAAUUAAACCAGCCCACCAUUAAAACAUAUUACAGAUGAUAACAACUCAACUGCUUGUACUAUAAGAUUAAUGCACAAAAUUAAAUUUAAGACGUUUAA